CAGCACCCAAGUCCUCUGUCAUCUCUCUCUGCACCUCUCUCUCUCUCUCUCUCUCUCUCUCUCUCACACACACACACUUUUUUUCUCUGCGUGUACCGCACACCCUUGCUUUGGUCAGUUGGAUCCUAACUCCUUCUCUGGCCCGCUGGAGCGUCCGUUGUGCUGCGUCUGGGAUGGACUGUGAGGCUCUCCGGGCAGGCUAGAGUCUCCGGAGCCUGGAGGCUUGCAGGACUAUCUACAGUAGACUAGCUUUGGACUACAACUACUCUACAGCCUUCUCCUUCAGUGUUGUGAGAGAGCGUUUGUGUGUGUGUGAGUGUGUGAGUGUGUGUGUGUGUGUGUGUGUGUGUGUUUGCGUAUGGGACAGAAGAGAGGGAAUGGACGCGUGUGGGACCUCUCUAGUGCUGAUUCUGCUGUUUUGGCUGGACGCAGGCAGUGGGGCAGCCGAAAUCUAUUGGACAUACUCAGGCCAGAUGGGUCAGCCGCAGUGGUCGGAGUUCUUUCCUGACUGCGGCGGGUCGGGUCAGUCCCCCAUCAACGUGGACUCGGCCCAGGCGAAGUUCGAGCCCAGGCUGGCAGCGAUGCGGCCGCUGGGCUACAGCCAGCACAGCAACGAGCCCUUCACCCUCUCCAACAACGGCCACACGGUGGUGAUGCCCUUACCCAGCUGGAUGGGCUUAGGCGGGUUGCCAUGGCAAUUCAGUGCGGUCCAGCUCCACCUACACUGGGGCAACGGGGCGAGUCUGGAGACGGGCAGCGAACACACCAUCAACGGACGCAGCACUGCAGCCGAGCUCCACAUUGUCCACUAUAACUCCGAGUUGUACGAGAAUAUCUCCAUGGCGAUGACUCAGCGAGAUGGUCUGGCAGUCCUGGGAGUUCUCAUGGAGGUCGGUGAGGAGACAAACCAGGCAUACGCCAACAUCAUCAACUACCUGAGCAGGAUAAGGCAUGCAGGUGAGAAGGUGACCAUCCCUGCGUUUGACGUCCAGACACUGCUGCCCAGAGACCUGCGGAGCUACUACCGCUACAACGGCUCUCUGACCACUCCGCCCUGCUACCAGAGCGUCCUCUGGACCGUGUUCAGGGAGACCGUCCAGCUGUCUCUGCCACAGCUGGUGAAGCUGGAGACGCUGCUGUACUCUACUGAAGAGGGGACCUCUGAGCCCUUGGCGCUCCAGGAUAACUACCGUGCCACCCAGCCACUCAACCAGAGGGUGGUCCUCGCCUCCUUCAAACACACAGGGGGCAAAGUCUACAAUGCAGGUGAAAUUGCAGCAAUAGUGGUGGGAACACUGUGUGGGUGCGUGGGCCUUGCAGUUAUUAUUCGCUUCAUAAUAAAGACCAUUCGCUCCACGUCCAGCUGGGACGUCCUCCCCAGCGUCAGGCCGGCGCCCUCGUCCAGGAGUAAAGACAUGGGGAAGGCGCUGAAGCAAGACAUGGCUUUAAAAACAACCUCCGAGUCCAGCAGAUCAGCUGAGCCCGCGCAGUCUGAACCCUGAACUUUGACCUCUGUACCCUCUUGCUCUUUGCAUGAUCCAGAGCCCACCUUCUCUUCUUCCUCAUUCUCUUAUCUCUUCAUCCUCCCAUUCUCACCACUCCUCCCUUUCUCUCUCGGUUUCUAUCAAUCAAGUCUACAAAUACUUUGCUGUAUACUCCACCCUUCUCUCUCUUUCCUCUCCUUCUCUGUAUCCCCCUGUUUCUCACCUGGCCAGUGGUAAGCAUGUCUGUAAUUGAUGAUUUAAAUGUCUCUCUUGAACUGAUGUCAGGUUGGAUCGUUGGUCUUAGUUGCUGAGUGCUUAUUAUCAUUCUGUAUAUACUCUACUGUGAACAUCUGUAAUAAACUAAUGCUGUGA